UCGAACAAACGUUUGCAAAAAGAGUCGAUAGAAUUUGUGAUCUAACCUGGUUUCUCUCUGGUGACGCCUUCGAUGUUACAUUGAAGUCAAGAUGUGUGACAACUGGCAGCAGACCAUUGACGUAUUGCAGGGUGCAAACCCUGUAUUUGACAAACCUAAAUUGUCCGAGAAGCUGCUUGUGAAGCCACCGUUCCGCUUCCUGCACGAUGUGGUAUCCGCGGUGCAAGCAAGUACAGGCUUUGCUCCUGGCCUAUAUCAGGGAGAGGAACUGGACGGGAAGGCCAUACAAGAGAAAGAUGCCAAAGUUGCAUACCUUAAAAAGGUUAUCGAUGUGGUCAGCAUGACCCUCGGUGAACAGUGUCCAGCUCGGCCAAACAAGAUUGUGGCAGGCCUGGAGCCGGAAAACACCAAUGUCUUCUUGCAGAUGUUGGGGAGAGCCUGUCGUAAGAACAGCGGUGCUGAUGCUGUUAAGAAAGUCCUUGGCGGAGCUGCUCCGGAUGCAGCCCCUAGCAAGGCAGCGGCACCCCCACCGCCGGCGGCUGAACCCGCUCCAAAGGAAAAGGAGAAGUCUCGCUCCUCGUCAUCUGCAGCAGCAGCAGAGGCUGGGCCCCCGCGGAAAUCGUCGCGGGAUCCCUCAGGCGCUGAUAAGGAGAAGCUUACGGAGAAAUCUUCGGAAAAAUCGUCAGAGAAGUCCUCGGAGAAAUCGUCAUCCAGGUCAAAAUCAAAGCCUGAGGAGCCUCCGGCGAAGCCCCCUAAGAAGAAGGAGGAGGCCCCACCGCCGCCGCCUGCGGAAGAGAAGAAAUCACGAUCCAAGGCGCCACCACCAGUGGAGGAGGCGCCACCACCGCCGCCGGCAGCUGCGGAGCCGCCUGCCCGAUCCGCCUCGCCGGGCGGCGACGACCCGCUGAACCGCUCGGGGACCUCGGCACCCAAGUUCCAACGGCCCACUUCCGCGCGCAAAGCGCCGCCGCGCGUGCCGCAGGCCCAGCAGCCGGUACUAGGCGCAGGCAUCCGGCCCGGCACAGCGCAACGCCGUCCCAACGAGCCUAAGCCCUCGGUUGACUCCAAGGUGACGAGGCCGGUGGCUUUGUUCUCCGAGAAUGCGCGUGGCGAGUCGGAUGAUGAGGUGGAGGUCGUCCAUGAGCAGACACCGGUGUUGACGGGCGGCACCAACCUAACGGGCGAGCAGGGUGUCCUGGUCAAGGACAUUUUGGCGGCGGAGAAGGGGCUCAAGAAAGCCGGCGCGGAUGCUACAGCUGAUACGGCGGACACGUCCGACCAGGGCGGCACGGGCAUCAUUCUAAAGCGCCUGGGCAAGCCUGGUGCCGGCGGCGCGGGUGCCGGAGGGGGCGUGCGCGCGCACGACCCCUCCGCCGUGCGGGAGUUGGUCCAAAAGCUGUGCCAGAGUAGCACCCCCCUGGCCAAGUCCAUGGACUACCUGCAGGAGGACAUUGAGAACAUGCGCAAGGAGUACAAGUUCUGGCUGACAGAAAAGCGCAUGUACCAGGACGAGCUGGCGCGUGAGCUACGGCUGCAGGGAGAGGCCGCCAACAUCGACGCGCAGCUGGCAGACCUGGAUGGGCAGAUUAAGCAGGCUCGCGACCGCAUCAUCGGCCUCAAGGGCCAGAUUCUCCGCAACGAUGAGACGCUAGGCAAGCUGCUCGCCAUGGCUACGUCGGGCAGGUAGCGGCCUUGAAGGGCAAGCAUGCUACGACGGGGCGGCCCUGUGGCUCAUGGCCAGCGGCGGCAGCGGCCAAGGCCAUCAGGAUAAUCUUUUAGGUCGGGUUUCCAGUCCCAGCGACAGGUGCUUGGGUCUUCCUUAACGAUUGGUUCAGGCCAGCGGUUUUGGACCGACCCUUGCGGCCAUGCUUCGGAUCUUGGACGCCACGUAUGGACGGUCUGCGUGCGUCCGUGCGUGCACUAUGGGGAUGUCGGAGGAUGCGGUUGUUGCACGUGUUCCGGCAGCAGUGACAAGGGUCGUGUGCAGCAGACUGCGACAGUCACUCCAAAAAGGAGAGGAUGGACUGGUAGCGCCGCUGAGAUGAUGCACGUUGCUGGACGGAGGGCGACGACUUGUACAUAGGGUUCCACACGAAUGAGUACGAUGGGGUGGAGAGUACGGCAGCCUUUCAGAGAAGUGCUUGGUGCCCGUACGGGAAUACAGGCUGUCUGGAUGGGCCGGCACUUCUCUGGGUGAUGUUUUUGGGGUCGCAUAUAGGUGUUCAUGGUACUAUUUCCUACGCAGGACAUGGUCAGGUCCAGGAAAAAGUAUAUUCUUAGUUAUCGUCGCGCUGGCAGAGGUGCGUUUAGGGACUGUAAUAACACUAGUAA